AUGUAUGAUAAAUCCUUUCGGUUUUUCCGACAGGGUGAACCAGGCAAACCGGGGUUUCCAGGUGUUGCUGAUAUUGUCCCAGAUAAAGUUGGCUGCCCAGGAAAACUCGGGGCUGCUGGAGUGCAAGGUAGAUAUGGAAUACCAGGACCACCUGGUCUACAUGGUGAUGUCGGCGAACCAGAUAAUCAAGGUCAACCUGGGUUUAAUGGACCACCAGGAAGAAGCAGUGCAAAAUACAUUUCGAUACCCGGUGAUCAAGGUGUAACUGAUAAAGGCGGGAGACCUGGAAAACAAGGAGAGCAUGGAAGAAAUGGUGUUCCUGGAGGUUAG